AUAACAGUAAUUUAUUAUGAUUAAAAAGUAAAGAUUUUUACAUAAUUAUGACGUUUUAUCUAAUAAUUUGGUUCUCCGUUUCAUCAUUUCUGCAUGUGUUGUAAUUAUGAUUUACCAUGAUUAUUUUUCUUAUGCUCUGGAAAUGGGCUUCCAUAUAUUUCUAACAUCAGCUUCAUGAUAAUACCUCAUAUGACAAUGAAAUAUAUUUUGGUGAUCACUGCUGCAUCUGCUAAAAAGGCCAAUGUUCAUGCAAAUAACACAAAGCACUUUUCUAAAUGUUUUAAAAGUUGUAGAUAACAUAUUGUCACAAUGGAAGGGUGUGUAGACCUAAAAUAGAGCAAAACUCCUCGCCCCCAAAUCAAACAUUUCACCCUUUAGUUUACAGGUCACAUAAACCACUCACCACUAGUAAAGUUUCUCCUCCCCUUCGUCAAGCUUGAGGUGAUUUCCAACUUCACUGAGAUCUAUCAAAAAUUGAACAUCAUUCCUGAGGAAGACAUAUAUAGUAACAGGAAGCCUCUCCACAGAAACAGUGAUGUCUUAUCAAACAGAAGCAAUGACUUCCCAGCCUCAAAUGACUGUAACCAGCUACACUGUCUCUCACUGGAGCUCUGAUGUCUGCGACUGUUGUGACGACUGUGGAAUCUGUCUGUGCGGGGCAUUUAUCCCUUGCAUUUUGGGAUGUAAGGUGGCACAGGAUAAUGGUGACAGCUGCUGUUUGCCCUUCCUACCUGGUGCUAUGAUUGCAUUGAGAACCAGCAUCCGUGACAGAUAUCGUAUUAAUGGCUCUGUCUGUGACGACUGGGUGAUUAUGACCUGCUGUCCUUUCUGUGGACUCUGUCAGAUGGCUCGAGAACAGAAGGCAAGAAGCUAACUUAAAAAGAAAAUGAAGAGGAGAGAAUGGAUGGCUAAUUUAGAUGACUGGGAUUGUUAUCUUUUUCUUCUGUUUGUUUUUAAAAUAUUCCAAAAUAUCAGUGGUUUGUGUGAUCCUUUAAAAAUAUAUGUAUGUAAUGCUGCAUGAAAUCAAAGACACAAUGUUAGUUAUGUAUGACA